AUGGUAUGUGGCAAUAAUGUUGACCAUGGCAAAUUUUUGUUUGAAGUGCGCAAUGGAUCACGAACAGAUUUGAUGAAAUGCAAAUUAACGCAAAUUGGAAUGGAAUAUAGAGGCACAGUAGGAAAAACUAGUGGCAACGUACGAUGUCAAGCUUGGUAUACAGAAGAACCUAUACACGAGGUCAGUAAGGAUAUCAGUGACAAAGAUUUUCCCGAGAGAUCAAUUAAAGCUGCGAAAAAUUACUGCAGAAAUCCUACAGGCGAUAGCAAAGGUCCAUGGUGUUACACCAUGGAACCUUCACUCAUAGACGAUGUAUGUGAUAUACCACUGUGUAAUUUUGGUGAGUGUAAACUAUCAGGACAAGGAGCUGAGUAUGGGGGUAGCAAAGAUGUUAGUACAGUAGGAAGUAAGUGCAAGUCUUGGCAUAAACGAUAUCAGCUUGUAGACUCAAAAAGCCCAAAAUUCAGCGAAAGAAACUAUCCAGACAGAUCGCGUAAGAAAGCUGAAAAUUUCUGUAGAAAUCCUACAGGCGACAUCGGAGGACCAUGGUGCUACGUUGAAGACGAAAACUUUGAAUAUGUUCAGAAACAAUAUUGUGAUGUUCCAUUUUGCGACGAUAGAGAUUGCUUAGCAUUUACUAAGAACGCAUCUAGUUAUACUAUUCUCACAAAAUUACACGCUCCCAGUGGCAACGCUUCGUUUUGGAUUAAAUUGUGGAACCCUGAUGACGAAAAGAAGGGAGAAGCUAGCGUGUUACUUAGUCUUUUACCAAUUCCCGCUUCCGCUGAAAUAAUAGCGGAAGAAUGGACUGCAGGAGUUGAGCUGAUGUUCGCUAAUUAUGGUAGUCGUCAAACGUUUCCGAUAUACGAUGAAGAAGAAACUGCUGAGAACACUCCUGAAAUCUUAGUUGGUACAAAAUGGACGGGGAUAUGGAUAACAUGGGGCGGCGGUUUUAUUUCCGCCGGUAUCGAAGGAUCAUCGAAACCUUUAAUUAUGCAAGAAUAUAAGAAAAAACGUGGAAUUACGAGUUUAUACCUAGAAACAUUUCUGUAUUAUGGACUUCGAGGGACAAACAUAUUAUGGAGCAGUUCUUUCUGUCACACUCAUUGCGAGGUGUAUACAACUUUUGGAGUUGACUUCUCGAAAGUUUGGGCUACGCAGAAGAGUAACGAAACGAACGAUGUUCGAUUUUUCGUUCGUGCAAGCCAGAAUAUUCAGAUACGUUUGUAUCAAACACCUACGAUAGAAUAUCCUUCUUUAACGUUAACAAUGGGCAAAGAUAGUACAACGCUCGCGUACCAAGAAAGUGAAGGUUCCUCCAAGCACUAUUUAAAAGAAAUUUCGACUUCUGGAUUGCUCGAUUUUUGGUCGUGGAGAGAAUUUAGUAUCACCAUUUUUGGAGGCCACUUUCGUUUAUUUUCACAAAAAUUUAGACGUGCUAUCGAAUUAUUGUAUAUGUACGAUAACUUUUUUGCUAGUUUGAGAUGGUUUAGCAUUGGAAGCGAAAACACUAUAGCGCAAUGGACGUUAUUUUGUUCUCCAGAAGAUGUGGAUGCUGUAGAAGAUCCUUGGCCACCAAACUGUGUCUCUGAUUUAAGAGACUUUCGAUACAAAGGCACGCAGUGGACUAGUAUUAAUGAAGUUCCUUGUAUUCCAUGGAUAUCGAAACAAAUACCUGGCGAGGAUAGAACCGAUGAAAAAUUUAUCGAUGGAUCUGCUUUGAAGGCACUUAAUAAAUGUAGAAAUCCAACUCACGACUCCAACGGCCUCUAUUGCUAUGCAUACACUCCUUGGGAAAGUAUUUCCUAUUCGAAACGAUAUUGUUCAAUUCGAAAGUGCAGAUCAUCGGAAUGUCGAAUGGCUGGAACCGCAAAUGAUUACAUAGGAACAUUGUCGAAAACACGUUCGGGCCGUAUCUGUGCUAAAUGGCCAACUGGGCCUGAAUCAAAAUCAGUGACAUCGAUGCCCGCAACAUCGGCUCGUACCAUUAGGCCAACACGCGUGAAACCUCCGAAAUUUGGCCCAUACUACGGUUCCCAAAAUCUUUUUGUGGCUAAGACAACAACCUCCAUGUCACCCAAAGCUCCAAUUGCCACAAUUUCCAAAAUUGAUUCAACAAUCGGUCGAGAAUAUUUCAAUGAUAGUUUAUAUUCAGAAGGUAGCGCCAAAAAUGCUAGUAAUUAUUGCAGAAAUCCUUCACGUAACAUCGCUGGUACUUGGUGUUACACCACAGAUAAUUUGGUUCCUCGAGAUAUUUGCAACGUUAGGGAUUGUGAAAAACCAGAAGAGUAUACUUUUCUCGUUAAAGGAGAUGGUUUAGGCAGACGUCUGUACAUUUUACCUGAAUAUCGUUCCGAAGGUUUACAUUUCUCUCUGAAAGCUUGGCAACCAGAUGAUCCAGAUUCCGUUACGUUUGCUUUCCUAGCCGAUGACGGCUUAAAAUCGCGCUAUAUUCUUAAGAUAGGAACUUUAGAUAACGAAAGAGUGCUUCUUUUUUAUCAAUCAGAGACUUCAGCUAUUGCACUGGUGAAAGUGAAAACUUUUCCACAUUUACUAUACGUGGGGAAAUGGAGUAGCUUCAUAAUUCGAAUACCACGGGGACAAUUUUUGCUUUACUAUGAGGAUGAUCCCGCACCGCUAUUUGAAUGGACCCAUUCAAAUCCUCCUAAUGCUUUCUUACCCAUGUAUUAUUAUUAUGGUAGCGAAAUGGGAAAAGCUGUUGGCUUCGCUUUUGAUCACGAUUCAAAUUGUCACAUUGAAAACACGAAGACUGAUCGCUAUACUAGAAUAUUAUCGUUAUCAACAUGGAUUCAGAAAGAAGUGUUGUAUCCCGAACAAGUGACUUUUCAGCUUCGAGGAAAAGGCGCAAUUUCCAUAGCCUUGUAUUUAAUGCCUGGAACUCCAGGAUUUUUUGAGCUUAAACUUAAUAAACCGAAUCGUUGGAUAUCUUUUGUAAGAAAUACGUAUCCUUCCGUCACAGUUUUCCAUAAACAAAGGGCACAAGUAUCUUUAUUUACAACAGAUUCCUGGACCAAUUUUACAAUAAGAUGGUCGGGGAAUACCAUCGACAUUUAUUCCAACACAACAAAUAUAUUUCACUAUAGACACGUUCGUCCUCUCGUAUUCUACUUUUUCUCCAUUGGCGUAGAAUCUGGCAGUUGGGUUACUUGGUCCGCGAAUUGUAUACCAACAGUCGAUGGCGGUUGGUCACACUGGGGACCGUGGGCGUGUAGUGCAAGCUGCAAUGGUGGUACAGGAAUUCGAAAACGGCGCUGUGAUUCCCCGAAACCUAACGUCAAGGGAGAACCCUGCUUAGGACCGAGUACUAUGACUGGACGUUGCAAUGAAAUUCUUUGUGGUGAUAUAACGGAAGACACAGUAAAUUUAGUAAAUCGAAGAAUCCGGACUAAUUACACAGCUCUUACUGUAAAAGAACAGCAUUCUAUUACAAUUGAAUCAGACUCUGAUAUUGUUAAACUAAUUACUACGGAAUCUCCCCAUUCUGAAUUACAAUGGUCUCUAAAUGGCGUUUUCGUGGAACAAGAUGUUGGUAGAAUAGACUUAAAAGAUUAUAAUAUCGAAAUAACUAAAGCCAUUUUAAACGAUUCUGGCGUCUACGCAAUGACUCUUCGUCGAAUCGAUGGAACAUAUUCUAUCAUUAAGGUGGUUAGUUUGGCGGUGAUUCCAGCAAGGGAGAAUGUGCAGACAAGAGAAACGCUGAGCAUGACCAUACAGUGCCACUGUACAAUUUUAGGACACGUUUAUUCAGAGCUUCAAAUAUCCUGGUUACUACGCAAUAAAACAUGGAAAGAUUAUGGCGUCACACUACCAAUUGCUGCCGAUAUUGAACACAUUCCAAAAAUUAACAAAACACACGGUGGAAUUUGGCAAUGCGUUAUCAGUCAAAACGAUUUAAGUUUCAAGUGGAUAACGAAUAUGAUUUAUGUUAAAGACAGUAAUAAGAUUUAUGUUGCAUUUAAGUUCUGGGUCCUCCAAAUUGGCGUACGUACUUAA